CAAAAAAGCAUCAAUUGAUCAUGCUUUAGCUUUGAAUUCAAGCAUAGUAUACUGAGAAAAGCUAAGUCAAAAAAUGAAUUUGUAUGUACACAAGAAAUACAGUCAACUCUCGCCUUACCGACACCCCUCUACAAAGGACAGUAACACAGCGGACAACGGACAGUAUUGCGGACAGUAAAAUAAUGAAUCCCCGRAAAAAAAAAGGAAUGACUGAAAGUAACUCUCGUUACUACGGACCCUCGCUACUACGGACACUAGAUUACGGUCCCGACGGUGUCCGUAAUAACGAGAGUUUACUGUAGUAACAGUGAUUCUUGUUUUUAGGSUACCAUAUCCAAGCAAUGGUAUCACCCAUCGGGUUUCCUUUYGACGAGGCAUAUCUUGACGCAACAAGCGUAGAUUACAUUAGCUUAGCUGCCGAUAUCCAACACGAGGUUGCUUUUCUUGCAAGAACAAUUCCUGGAUUCCUCUCAGCGAAAGUCAUUCGAUUUAAUCCGUGGAAUAAGCCUAAUUCCCCAAAAGCACAAACCGAAGCUGAGGUGGAAAUUCAGUGUAUUGAGAAUACAACAGAUUACCUUGAGAUUGCGCUUCAAGAGAAAGUAGCCAAGGACAAAGUUUUCCUAGACCCAAAACGUCUGUACUUCCACCAUCUGAAUGACCAGGAUUACCURUGUGAUAUGAAGAUCAACCUAAACCCUCAUCCCUCAAACGCCACACUAAUCCUAAGAACGGAGAACGUUAGUGCCGAGGCCAAGCACCAAUGUAAAAUCUUUAAGAAAUCCUAYGGACGAUGGGAGGCUUCCGUCAUGUACGAAUCAAGCAAAACGUUCUCUCCACUUAUCCCGCUUCCUGGAAASGGUGGAAAAGUUACAAUUCCAGCACGUAGAUUCCCACCAACGUUAAUCUAUGUCCGRCAUGUACUAAAAACAGAGCAGAUCGAAGUGUUUUCAUACGGACUUGUUAAAAUUGAACUUCCACCUUUAGUGGUCAAUAUCACGGGGCCAMAAGAGGCCAAGAAAGGCCAGGGCAAGAUAAUAUUGGAUGCUUCCAAAUCAAAUGAUCCAGAUACACCAACGGAUCAGGAUGGAAAACUWAUUUUCACCUGGUUUUGUAAACGCGAGGAUGAUUUUACUUAUGCGCAGUAUUCGGCAMGACGUCGUCAACGAUAUCGAUUUCGCUAUCUCUACACAAAACAGUUUAUGCGUUCGAUCCCAGCAGAUGUAGACCAUGGUAGACCAUUCACGGACGAUGGAUGUUUCGGGUAUGGUCCUGGUCGACUAUCCCAUAAGGGUCCAAAACUCGAAGUAGAAGUUGAUAAGAUGAAGUCGAAGUACAAGUACAUCUUCAAGGUAGUUGUGUCCAAAGGACGAAGAAAGACUGAAAUGGAGCACACUUUAACGAUCAAUCCAUCGGUGAAGCUUAAAGUCAGAUGUACCAGCAACUGCAAAAAUCUCACAUCAUGGGAUAAAUUCGAAAAAGUAAGCAAGUUAAGAAACCUCAUCCUAGACACAAAAUGCAUAGGUAGGCCGUGUCCCACAAUAUCAAGCUAUAGGUGGAAUGUUUUUACAGAACAACGAAGCAGGGUGAAUGGGUCAUGGUGGAGAAAGGUGGASAAUCUUAACAAUUUCAUUGAGGGACUUAGACAUCAGCGGAGUUUGAUCUUGACAAGUCUUAUGAAYAUCGGGAACUGGAAAAUAAGAAAUCAACGYAUUAAAAUACGAGCAACAAUUAARAUAACAGUUAACAGRAAAAUUCUCGAAGAGGAAGACGAGCUUACUUUAGAGUUAAACUCCCCUCCUCGACCAGUAGAAUCCAAYACAAAAGGGUGYGAAUUGACCCCAUCUUACGGCAAGGCGUGGGAGACAGAUUUCCAUAUCAAAUGUGGCGAAUGGUACGACGAAGAUGGAGUAGAUUCCUUUGAGUUCAGGUACAAGCGAUUCAGUAACAUAGUGAUUAUAAAGAAAGGACCCAUGUCUAGCGCWUCGACUAGACUGCCGCGAGGUAUCAAAGAAGACAACGAUACAAUUUCUGUACAAAUUAAGAUUUAUGAUGAAGCUGGAGAUUAUACAAUGCUUACUAAGAAAGCAAAGGUAUUGGUACCCAACCAAACAGACUUGGCUGAACAGAUCCAAGGAAUCAUCAAAGAYACCGAUAACGACCUUGACAUUUUCAUCAARAACAACCAAACAACAUCUGCAAACGAGUUGGCGAUAGCUUUAUGUUCGAUUGUGGAUACUUCAGAUACCAAGAAUGGAAAUAAAGACACACGUUUGCGGAAAAAUCUUGGUGUGACAAAAGACGUUGCCACGAAGUUGAAGAACAAGAUUUUAGAGAAAUUAGACGCAUCWAGGAAUACAACAAAUUGGGAACAAACAACUCAAAUAUUGACGGUUGUAAAUCUUGCCACAAUAAAUCCAGAAGAAAUWACACUUACAAUGCAGGAAAAAGCCUUAAAAUUAUUAAGCACUACGAAAGACUUUUUGAAAAGGGAAAUCCUGAGAAAUGGAGUUCUUUCMGAACUCGCCAAAGCAACAUCUAUCAACUUCAUCCAAGGAAUCGGUAAUCUGUUGCAGUCGUUUACAUAUGCAAUGCGCAACACACCAGAGAUGGACCACUUUAAGAGACUGAGGAAUAAACAAAACACCGAAAAAGCUUUACAAGAACUCCGAGAGAUCGGUGAUACAUUGCUGACUACUCAAAAGAUGGACGAAAAACCAAGAAUGUUCAAUGCGAAGACAAUUUCAGUGAUAAUCUCAAAGAAUUCUCCAUCAAUGUUGCGUAAAUUGUCAGGAACGCCUUUGGCUCCUUUYAGUGGUAGAAACGUUCRUUUUCCUUCACUUGGGRCAAUUUUUCAUAGCAGCAACGCAAGUUCGUUGUCUUCAGUUCAAUCCAAGAUUAUAAUGUUCACCAAUAAUCCUUUCACCUGGGAUAGUACAGCCAACCUUGUCAACUCRUGGGCCAUCGAUAUCAACCUUUAUAACAACGGCAAACACUUUGAAGUGACCAACCUGAACAAUCCAAUUGGCAUCUUUAUCCCAGUGGACAAACCUCUUCCCAAUUUACCAAUCGCUCCAAACUUUAUCAAGCCAACAACAAAUACUUCUGAUAUCUCAAGACUGCGAUAUCAUAUUUUUAAUAUCCAGAACAAGCACUCCGUUGUCAUGAUUAGACUUCAGCCCCCCAAAGGACGAAAGCUCGAGGUUUUUGUCAGAGCGCUUGUAAGACCAUUACCAUGGAAAUAUAACUACACAACUGUCAUCCCAGACUUUAGCAGAUGUCAAAGUGUUGUGAUCAACGGCACCAUGUCGCAUGUUAACUGCAGUGAAGAUCCGUACAUAUUCAACAUUUCGAGUACUUUGACUGGGAAAACAGGGAAGCACUUUGUUGGUAUUAGGUAUUUGGAUUCAGAUAGCAUCCACCAAGAAGUCAGACAACGUCUCAAGAGGGACUGUGGUUCAGGAAGAAGGAAGAAAAGAUCAUGUGUCGGUGUUAAGGACCCGCCUACUAUGCCUGCUCCAACACGUGUCAUUAUUCCUCAAUAUAAUAAAACGACAGAUAUCAAUUACACCUUGACGAUUUCAUCGUCUGCUUGCCUGUACUGGUCUGAAAGGGAACAGAUUUGGACGAACCAUGGRUGUAAGUCAGGCCCGUUAACCGUCAACGGCUCGAUUCACUGUCUUUGUAAUCACCUUACAACAUUUGGUGGCGACUUCUUCAUACAGCCAAACCCCAUCGACUUUGAUAAAGUGUUUCUUACCUUAACAAACCCCAAAGUAGAAGACUUUGUCGUAAUGACGACCGUUUUAGCAAUUGUAGUUUUGUACCUGAUUGGGAUUAUAAUUGCACGAAGAGCUGACAACAACGAUGAAAGGAAAGCUAUUCCAGAUAUCUACCUGUCAGAUCGUGGUGACUAUCUCUACGAAAUAUCAGUUGCCACUGGUGUAUGGAGGGGCAAUGGAACGACCGCAAAUGUGGGCAUGAUCUUAUAUGGAGACAGUGGUUACACAGAAACAAUAACGUUGAACGACACUACACUCAACAAGAAAUUCUUCGCUAGGGGAAGUAUCAACACGUUUAUGCUAUACUUGCCCAAGGGUCUGGGAAAUUUGUACAAGAUCAAGAUCUGGCAUGACAACAACGGCAUCAGUCCCGCGUGGUUCCUUAGAGAGGUUGAAAUCAGGGACCAACAAGACAAUACAGAAUGGAUUUUCCUGGCCAACAAGUGGCUUGCACUUGAAAAGGGCGACGGGGAAAUCGAAACUGAAGUCCGCGCAGCUGAAAAGAAAGAGAUUCGAGGCUUUAAGAACGUCUUCCAUUCCAGGGCAUCAAACAGUUUGGCAGACGGUCACUUGUGGGCAUCUGUAUUCAUGCGUCCCCCUCAAUCGACGUUCACGCGUGUGCAGAGACUYUCAUGCUGCCUGUCAAUCAUUUUUGCAACUAUGGUAACCAAUGCUAUGUUUUAUCAGUUUGGAAGCCAAGUGCACGACACCUUYAAACUUGGCCCCCUGAAAGUCAGUUGGACCCAGGUCAAGAUAGGUCUUCAAAGUGCAUUGAUUGCCAUUCCCGUGAAUGCAAUUAUUGUGACUAUCUUYAGAAAUGCUCGUCCUAAGGAUAAUUCACCAGAGAUUUACCAGGCAAUUUCCACCAUCGCCAAAGGUCAAAAGUCCGAUAAAAGUCAAGGUCUACGUCAUGGAUUUGUGUACCUGGGGUGGUUCUUGUGCAUUGGAACGUCAAUUGCUUCAGCAACUGUUAUCAUUCUGUACAGCUUGUCCUGGGGUGGYGAAACUGCAAACGAAUGGCUCACUUCCAUCCUAGUUUCAUUAGUGCAGGAUAUUUUCUUCACUCAACCAAUAAAAGUAAUCUUAAUAGCUUCAUUGCUCGCGUUGUUAUUGAAAAAGCCACCAGAUCUCGAAAAAGCUCGUGGCUCACCACGCUGGAAGAACAAACUAAAACAGAAAAAGGUCCCAACACUCAAAGGCGAAGAACUGGAAAACGCUCGGUUAGCGAGAAAGAAAAUCUUAAAAACUGCAAGGGCGUUCACCGAGAUCGUUACCUACGUUUUAUUCGCCAUAUUGUUGUUUAUUGUUUGCUAUGGAAACCGUAAAACAACAAGGUUCGACCUUAAAGAUGAGAUGGUCCAUGUCAUGAGAGAUUACAAUAGGGUAAAGAAUAUAAGCGGGUUUUGGAACUGGACGGAGAUGAUCUUCAUUCCUGGAAUCUAUAACGCCACAUGGUACAAUGGUAAACCAUUCAGCUAUGAUGAAGGAUUUAUAAGCAAUAGAGAGAGCUACCUGGUUGGAAUGCCAAGAAUUCGUCAACUUCGAAUACAAACAGUAAAAUGUAUGAUUGCUGAAGACUACCCCGYCCUAGGUGUCCACAUACCACGAUGUCUUCCGUUUUAUAAAUCAAACUAUGAAUACAAGACCAAAUAUAAUAAGCCUGUUUGGAAGCCAAUCAACAACAUAUCAAUAUUCCGAACAUCAUUCGACCUGAGGAAGACCUGUCCACGCCCAUGGCGUUAUCAAGACGCCAUUGCGCUUAAUGCCCUUGCRUAUAAGGGAACUUACGCAAGCUACAGCGGUGGUGGUUACGUAGCGGACUUGGGCUACAACAACRAAAGUGCUUCAAGGGUUAUAGACGACCUUAAGAAGAAGGAAUGGAUUGAUAAUCGUACGGCUGCUGUCUUUGUAGAACURACAGUCUUUGAGCCAGCAACCUCACUGUACAGUGCAGUCAAAGUGCUGUUUGAGCGUCUUCCUACSGGUUCACUAAAACCAGCCAUUCGUGUGGAACCCCUCACUGUGUAUGGAUCAACUGAUCCUGGCUUUAAAAACGUCUUUCAAACGUGUCAACUCCUCUUUGUUGUAAUCGUAACUAUAUUGUUUGCCUGUGAAUGCUUCAAGGUUUACAGAAAAGGUUGCACCUACUUCUUGAGAUUCUGGAGCUGGCUGGAUUUGAUCCUMAUCACAUCUGCAUUACUUGCGAUGGGAACUYUAUUCUUUAAAGAGAAAUUCGUCAGUGAUUUUAUWAAAGGCGUUCACGACAAUCCAUUUCAAACGACAAGCACUGACUUCAUAGUUCUAUGGUCAAACAUCGAAGUUUAYUUGUUGUCCUUUGUCAUAUUUAUAAUGACCAUUAAGUUUUUAAGGCUUCUACGGUUCAACAAUCAUAUAGGAAACUUAAUGUUGACAUUAAAACACUCCACUAAAAACUUACAAUCAUUCUACGUGGUUCUGUUUAUUGUACUUAUUGCAUUUACCCAAGUAGGAAUGCUWCUUUUUGGGAAAAACAUUGAAAACUAUUCCUCUUUUAUUGGGUCUUUGAGCGUCGUUCUCCAGAAACUACUUGGAACAUCAAUGCAGCUGAGGAAAGUACAGAGAGUUAAUAAAGUCUUGGGGUCUAUAUACACGUUUGCAUAUUCUGUCACUGUCGCCUUUCUCUUACUUAACGUAUUUCUCAGUAUACUCAACACGUCGUACAAGGAAGUGCGAGAGUCUAGACGAAAAAGAACUAUCUCUAUUGCUCUACGAAGAUAUAUCGAGGAUUACAUGAAAAGCUUUUUCAGAGAGCUUAUGAAAGAGUUACACGACUUUGAAAAGCGCUGGAAGAGAAAAGGGGACAUGAAACUCGAAGAAACAGACAACUUGAUAGACCCAUGCAARGAACCGCUAGAGGCAAGCGACGAUGCUUCUUUUGAUGCAGGGGAACUCUGCURUGGUGCUGAAGAAGUAUUYGARUCGGACCCACUUUUCGAAUUGGUAGAAAAUGAGCAGAGCGACAUAAUCCGGUACCUCGUGCCUUUGGCAACCUUCGAUAACGAGGACGACAUUCUGGGAGAACUUGCCUGCUUGGAAGAAAUCAAAAUGAAUUUGCGGAAUAUAGAGCGCGAUCUCUUGGCAGCAACCAACGACGARGAYCUCUCAGAUGCAGUUAAUGCCGAGAUUGUGGAUAACAAAAGUGAGGAGAGCUUCAAAUUGGGAAGYACACUUUCUGUCUAUCUAUCGGUGGUCGAGCCUGAGCCGGAAAAGGUKGUAGAACAAGUUGAAAAGGAUGAUAUAUCAUUGUACAGCGUCUACAGCAACGAAGAAGGUGGRAUMGGUGAUGAACAAGACGAAACAGAAGAAAAAGAUCUCUAUAACGCUUUCCAUUCCAAGUCGGGAAUGUAUGCAAGUUUGAACAGCAUUAACGAACUUUGUGCGAAGGUCGAGCAAGAGAAGUCAAAUAACCAACUUCUUUCUCCGCAUCGUGGCAUCAACCUUACUCCAAGAUCAUUGCGACUGUAAUGCGCUGAGAAUACCGAGUCAUCUUCGGCACAUACGUUCUAUUGGGAAAAAGCUUCCAAGUUCUCUGUAGGAAAUAUAGACGGGCUACGGUCUCGACAAGCAAGGCUACAAGGGUUUCAUUUUAAAAUACGUAUAUAUUCACAACUGAACAUCUCCARAUACAUGAGUGGCAUAUCUGAACGCUACGAAACUCAUUCAACAAAUAAGCUAAAGCUUAAGGGUUUACAAAGUACAUUGAACCUACGGUCAUUCGAUGUGCGUAAUGUCAUACGACAGAGUAUAAGUAAAACCAUAACGAGUAAAAAAAUAAAAGCAAAUGUAC